AUGGCCCAGGGCAUCAUAGCCACUGCCCACCCCCAACAUGCCCCGGCACAGGAUAUGCUAUUUGCGCUACAGCAACGCAUGCUGAUCUUGCGCGCGGAAUUGCUUGAACUAGAAAGGCGGGAUGAAUACGACAUGGAACUUGAGCAGUGCAUUUGGGUGCGGACUCGUUGA